AAGCGGCUGCGGCUGUCGGCGGCCGUCCGCAGCUGUUGCUGGCCGUGGAUCCACCUUCACCCCCUUCCCUCCCCCUCCCCCCGACCUUCGCCUAGUCCGCGCAGUCGCCUCCAGACUCGGGAUCUCGGCCCCAGCGGGCCGGCUAGCCGAGACCAUGUCGUCCGUGAGCGCGAUCCAGAUCCCGAGCCGGCUGCCACUGCUGCUGACCCACGAGGGCGUCCUGCUGCCCGGCUCCACGAUGCGCACCAGCGUGGACUCGGCCCGCAACCUGCAGCUGGUGCGCAGCCGACUGCUCAAGGGCACGUCGCUGCAGAGCACCAUCCUGGGCGUCAUCCCCAACACCCCCGACCCGGCCAGCGACGCGCAGGACCUGCCGCCGCUGCACAGGAUUGGGACAGCUGCAUUGGCCAUUCAGGUAGUGGGCAGUAACUGGCCUAAGCCCCACUAUACCUUGCUGAUCACAGGUCUCUGCCGCUUCCAGAUUGUUCAGGUAGUAAAGGAGAAACCAUAUCCUGUGGCAGAAGUUGAACAGUUGGACCGGCUUGAGGAAUUUUCAAGCCCAUCUAAUGUUCGGGAGGAGCUUGGAGAACUUUCUGAACAAUUCUAUAAAUAUGCAGUACAACUGGUUGAAAUGUUGGAUAUGUCUGUUCCUGCUGUUGCCAAAUUGAGACGUCUUUUAGACAGUCUGCCGAGGGAAGCAUUACCAGACAUCCUCACUUCAAUUAUCCGAACGAGCAACAAAGAGAAGCUCCAGAUUUUGGAUGCUGUGAGCCUGGAGGAGAGAUUCAAAAUGACCAUACCUUUGCUAGUAAGACAAAUCGAAGGCCUUAAAUUGCUUCAGAAAACCAGAAAACACAAGCAAGAUGAUGAUAAGAGAGUUAUAGCCAUACGUCCCAUCAGGAGGAUCACACACAUUCCUGGCACUUUAGAAGAUGAAGAUGAGGAGGAAGAUAAUGAUGAUAUUGUCAUGUUAGAAAAGAAAAUCCGAACAUCCAGCAUGCCAGAGCAAGCUCAUAAAGUCUGUGUCAAAGAGAUAAAGAGGCUGAAAAAAAUGCCUCAGUCAAUGCCAGAAUAUGCCCUGACCAGAAAUUAUUUGGAACUUAUGGUGGAAUUACCUUGGAACAAGAGUACAACCGACCGCCUUGAUAUCCGGGCAGCCCGAAUUCUUUUGGACAAUGACCAUUACGCCAUGGACAAGUUGAAGAAAAGGGUUCUGGAAUACUUAGCUGUCAGGCAGCUGAAGAACAACCUGAAGGGCCCAAUCCUAUGCUUUGUCGGCCCCCCUGGAGUUGGCAAAACAAGCGUAGGAAGAUCAGUAGCAAAGACCUUGGGUCGAGAAUUUCACAGGAUUGCCCUGGGAGGCGUGUGUGAUCAGUCUGACAUUCGAGGACACAGGCGAACCUAUGUUGGCAGCAUGCCUGGUCGUAUAAUCAAUGGCUUGAAGACUGUUGGGGUCAACAACCCAGUGUUCCUGUUAGAUGAGGUUGAUAAACUGGGUAAAAGUCUGCAGGGAGACCCUGCCGCUGCCCUGCUUGAGGUCUUGGAUCCAGAACAGAACCAUAACUUCACAGAUCACUACCUAAAUGUGGCCUUUGACCUCUCCCAGGUUCUCUUUAUAGCUACUGCAAACACUACAGCUACUAUUCCACCUGCUUUGUUGGACAGAAUGGAGAUCAUCCAGGUGCCAGGGUAUACACAGGAAGAGAAGAUAGAAAUUGCCCACAGGCACCUGAUCCCUAAGCAACUGGAACAGCAUGGGUUGACACCACAGCAGAUUCAGAUUCCUCAAGUUACUACUCUCGACAUCAUCACCAGGUACACCAGAGAGGCCGGCGUACGUUCUCUGGACCGAAAGUUUGGCGCUAUCUGCCGAGCAGUGGCCGUGAAAGUGGCUGAAGGACAGCACAAAGACACGAAGCUGGAGCGCUCUGAGGGCACCGAGGGAGAAGGGUGCAGAGAACACCUCCUGGAAGAUCCAAAACCUGAAUCCAUCAGUGACACAGCUGACCUGGCCCUGCCACCCGAAAUGCCUAUCUUAAUUGAUUUCCAUGCACUGAAAGAUAUCCUGGGGCCACCGAUGUAUGAAAUGGAGGUGUCUGAGCGUUUGAGUCAGCCAGGGGUGGCAAUAGGCUUAGUCUGGAGUCCAUUAGGUGGGGAGAUCAUGUUUGUGGAAGCAAGUCGAAUGGAUGGUGAAGGUCAGUUAACAUUGACUGGACAGCUGGGAGAUGUCAUGAAGGAGUCUGCACACCUUGCUAUCAGUUGGCUGCGCAGCAAUGCAAAGAAAUAUCACCUGACUAAUGCUUCUGGAAGUUUUGAUCUGCUUGACAACACAGACAUCCAUCUGCACUUCCCAGCUGGAGCUGUCACAAAAGAUGGACCAUCUGCUGGAGUUACUAUAGUAACCUGCCUUGCCUCACUUUUUAGUGGGCGGCUGGUACGUUCAGAUGUAGCCAUGACUGGAGAAAUUACACUGAGAGGUCUUGUUCUUCCAGUAGGUGGAAUUAAAGACAAAGUCCUAGCAGCACACAGAGCUGGACUGAAACGAAUCAUCAUUCCACAGAGAAAUGAGAAAGAUCUUGAAGAGAUUCCAAGUAAUGUGCGCCAGGAUUUGACUUUUAUCACAGCAACCUGCCUAGAUGAAGUUCUGAAUGCAGCUUUUGAUGGAGGUUUUUCAGUCAAAACUAGGCUUGGUCUCAUAAAUAGUAAACUUUAAGGAGAGUGACCAAAAGUUUUCAAGUUUUAGAAAUUUAAAAACAGGAAUGAAGUACCAAAAUUAAAUUUUCUAAUCACUUUUUGGGAAUAUACUGCUUGUUUAAUGAUAGACUGGUCACUGACGAGUAGAUCAUAUUUAAUUACAAUGGUAAUUAAUAAGAUGUGAUUGUAUUAGCUAACAUAUGUAAGCAGAUAGAUAUUUAAUAAACUAGUAUUAAUCUGUAUCAGACUUUAUUGUAAUAUAGGUUUAUUAGCAUAAAUGAUUUUACUUUUUACUUUCAAUUUUAGUGGAGGCUUUUUUAAACAUUUAGUUGAUUGAGCAUUAGAACUGUAAUCAAGAGCCCUGCAAGACCUCGAUUUCAGUCCUCUCUGACACAGUAGGCCUUAUGACUCUGGGCAGGUCAACCCCUUUUCAACGUUCUAGGAAGCUUUCUAAGAUAAAGUUAGAGAUGUUGCCUGAAGUGGUAGAAUGGCACUCCCUCCCUAUCCCUUAUCCAACUUGCAGUAUUCUUUUUUUUUUUUUUUUUUUUUUUUUUUGGUGAGGCUAUUGGGGUUAAGUGACUUGCCCAGAGUCACAGCUAGUAAGUGUUAAGUGUCUGAGGCUGAAUUUGAACUCAGGUCCUCCCGAAUCCAGGUGCUCUAUCCACUGUGCCACCUAGCUGCCCCCUGCAGUAUCCUUUUAACCUAGUAACUCUGCCACAUCUAGCCUUCAGUGAACCCAGUAAUAAGAGUUAGGAUUCAGGAUCUCUCAUACAUACAAAAAAAGGCCAAAGUUAAUGAUUCCUAAAAUAAUAAUUUAAGACGCACUUAAAAAAAAAAAAGAAGCACUAGAGCAUAUUAAAAAAUUCACUUACAGUUUCUAUUUGGUUAACUACUUUGUAUACUAUAUCCCUUAAAAGUAUUUCAUAGAAAUGUUGGAUUGUGUGGUUCAAAGUAUAAAUUAAAGAGUCAAGAUCAUUAUGAAUUAUGGUUAUGGGGAAAGAUUUUAUGGAAGAAAUACUCUAUUUUCAAAGACUUGGCUCAUCAACCUGCUUUUUAGGAUUGCUUUUUUUAAAAGCCAUUUUUUUAAAUUAAUUUUUUCCCAGUAAACAAGUAUCUCCUAUCCCUCCCCCAAAGGAGUGGGGAAGAAAAAGACAUGCAUACUCAAGCAAAACAUCCCCACACUGGUCAUAUCCUAAAAUGUCUCACUCUGUACAUCUAGUCCAUCACCUCUCUAUCAAAGAGUUAAGAAGCAUUCCCAAUCAUCAGGCCUCAUUGUUGAUAAGGAAUUAAAAAUCUUUUUUAAAA